UAUAUUUGUCGAUAACAAUUGAUACAUAUUUAACGUUCUCAUUAUUAAAUAGUUCUGGUGUGAAAGAUAAAAUUUAUACAUAUUAUAUUGUUAUAGAUUAUCACCUACUGAAUAUUAUUCAGUUAUAUCAACGUCGUUCGAUUGAAAACUUAAUCGGCCCACGUAGGUACUGUGCUUGUAUCUAUUGUUCAUUCGUUUAAAGGCUGACUAACAAACACAGAAUAAUUUAGUUAUGUCACUGCUGAAACUGAACUGCAAAUUGACGUUUUUCCGACUACUAUCACCUGCACGAUCAUACGGAAGCGAUGUGAAAAAAACGAGAUUGCACGAGUUUCACGUCCGUCAUGGAGGUAAAAUGGUGCCGUUCGCUGGCUACAUGAUGCCGGUCAAAUACGACGACAGCAUAGCGUUCUCUCAUCUCCACACUCGCCGGCAGUGUUCUCUGUUCGACGUGUCUCACAUGUUGCAGACGAAAAUUCACGGAAAACACAGAGAACAGUUCAUGGAACGGAUUUGUGUUACGGACGUACAGAAUCUGGGGACGGGGAAAAGCGCGCUGAGCUUGUUCAUCGAUGAUCGGACGGGUGGCAUACUGGACGAUUUGAUCAUAACGAAAACCGAUGGGGAUUUUUUGUACAUGGUGACUAAUGCCGGUUGCAAGGAACAGGACAUGCGAAUGUUAACCGAGCAAUUGUCCAUUUUCAAAUCGAGUGGUCACGACGCAAGCUUAGAGUUUUUGGACAGUGACGCACAGUCGCUUCUGGCCCUGCAAGGACCCUGUUCUGCGGCCAUAUUGCAAUCAUUCGUCGACGGGUCUACUGACCUAUCGUCGCUAUACUUCAUGGACUCGACCACGACGACGGUUUGUGGUGUGCCGGACUGUCGGGUUACCCGGUGCGGUUACACUGGCGAAGACGGUUUUGAAAUAUCCAUCCCUUCCGAUCGGGUCGAGGAGAUCGCCGAGUCGUUCGUCGCCCAGGACGAAGUGAAAUUGGCCGGGCUAGGAGCCAGGGACACUCUGAGGUUGGAAGCUGGCAUGUGUUUACACGGAUCGGAUAUAAGCCCCGAAACGACGCCGGUCGAAGCUGCGUUGAUGUGGACCAUAAGCCGUAAGAGAAGGGACGAACGACGGUUUCCAGGCGCAACUGCGAUUCUGAAACAACUCAGCGAAGGCGCGCAACGUAAGAGGGUCGGCCUCGUUCAAAAAGCGCACGGCGCUCCGGUUAGGGGUGGAGCAGUUUUAUUUAACGUAGUGGACGGCGAAAAAGUCGGUUCGGUUACUAGCGGAUGCCCGUCCCCGACGUUAUCCCAGAACAUAGCCAUGGGCUACGUGGACAGCAAAUUUGCCAAAAACGGAACGGAAAUACAAGCGGAGGUCAGAGGACAGAAGAUACCUUUGAUCGUCACGAAAAUGCCAUUUGUGAAACCAAAUUAUUAUUCCAAACCCAAAUAAUAAACAAUUUAAUAUCUAAUUUAAUAUUAAUUUACAAUGAUAUAUAUCGGCAAUUAUUAUCCAUCACAGAACACUACGUCGACGUUGACAUGGAUGAAAUAUUUGAUCUAAAAAAAAAAUGGAAUAAAUAAUUAUAGUGGAUAAUAAACGCACUUUUAGAUUAAAUUUCAAAAUA